AUGGGCUCGAGUCUUCGUUCCGGCACCGGCAGCCGUGCCAGUGUGAGGCAAGGCACGAGGAUGGUCUCAUCCAGGCACGCCUCCGCCAUGGCGACGCGCAUAGACCGCGCCGGCGCCGUGUCACCCGCCGCGUCCAUCGCUUCGACGAACACCAUCGGCGCAAAGCGCAAGGAGCGCGACUUCGACGCCGACGCUGGCGUCGAGGAGACGAACAUCAACGUCGUGGUGCGGUGUCGUGGCCGCAACGAACGUGAGGUUCGCGAGAACAGCAAUGUCGUCGUCAGGACCGACACCGUCAAGGGCAAGAAUGUCGAGCUUUCGAUGGGGCCCAACGCCAUCAGCAAUCGCUCGUACAACUUCGACCGCGUCUUCUCCCAGGCCGCCGACCAGAACAUGGUUUUUGACGAUACGGUCAAGCCAAUACUAGAUGAGAUGCUUGCUGGAUACAACUGCACAAUCUUCGCCUACGGCCAGACGGGCACGGGAAAGACGUACACCAUGUCCGGUGACAUGACCGAUACUCUGGGACUUCUGUCCGACGACGCUGGUAUCAUCCCCCGCGUGUUAUACCAGUUGUUCAACAAGCUCGAGCUUGAGGACGCCGAGAGCACCAUCAAGUGCUCAUUCAUCGAGCUCUACAACGAGGAGCUCCGAGAUUUGCUUUCCGUCGACGAGGGUGCCAAGCUAAAGAUAUACGACGACACAUCACGACGCGGCCACUCCAGCACCGUCGUGCAGGGCAUGGAGGAAAAGCAUAUCAAGAACGCUACCGAAGGCAUCAAGGUGCUCCAGGAAGGUAGCUUGAAGCGUCAGGUUGCAGCGACCAAGUGCAAUGACCUCAGUUCCCGUUCACACACCGUAUUCACAAUCACCACCUACGUCAAGAAGCCAAAUGAGAACGGUGUUGAGGCCCUCGUCAGCGCCGGCAAGCUGAACCUAGUCGAUCUGGCUGGCAGCGAGAACAUUCAACGGUCUGGAGCUGAGAACAAGCGCGCCGCCGAGGCAGGUCUUAUCAACAAGUCCCUGCUAACACUUGGGCGAGUCAUCAACGCCCUCGUCGACAAAAGCGCCCACAUCCCGUACCGAGAGUCCAAGUUGACCCGCCUACUCCAAGACUCCCUUGGUGGUAGAACCAAAACGUGCAUCAUCGCCACCAUUUCUCCCGCCAAAAGCAACCUAGAAGAGACCAUUUCCACCCUAGAUUAUGCAUUCCGAGCCAAGAACAUUCGAAACAAGCCCCAGCUCAAUCCAAUGCUGGAGAAAAAGACACUGUUACGAGACUUCACCAUGGAGAUUGAAAAACUAAAGAGCGAAUUGAUUUCAACCCGCCAGCGAAACGGCGUCUAUCUGUCGAACGAGGUUUACGAGGAGAUGACGGCCCAGACUGAGUCUCGUCGCAUCGUUACUGAGGAGCAAGCGGCCAAGAUUGAGACCCUGGAGAGCAACCUGCGCAACAAAGUUCAGGAGCUCUUCAAUCUUGUAUCAACUUUUAUGGACAUGAAGAAGGACCACGAAUGCACCAAAGCUCAGCUCGACGAUACGAAAGAGGUUCUGGACCAGACUGAGAUUGUCUUGUCAGCAACUCGUAAGACCUUGGCCGAGGAGACACGGCUGAGAAAGGCGCAUCAGAAGACGGAGGCAAAGCUAACAGAGAUUGGCGGUCAACUCAUCAACAAGCUCCAGAAGACGGUUCAAGAUGUCGGCGGCUUGCACGCGAAAAACAAGCGCAAGUCAGAUCUGCAGUCCCUGAACCGAGCUACUUGGGGCACAUCUCAAGACCAGGUUGCCGACGUGACGUCCAUGGUGGAACGAAGGGUUCAAGAGUUCCAGCAGGAGCAGGAGGAACACAUCGCCAACGUGUCUGCGCGGAUGGAGAAUUUUGUUGACGAGGAGCUAAGCAAGCUUUCUUCAACACAAACCUUCCUUGAUGAACACCUCAAUAUCUUUGUCGAGUCUAAGAAACAACUGCUUGAUGAGAAGCAAAAGUCGAAGGACGAAAUGGACGAGUUCCUAGAGGAGAUCAAAGAGGUGCGCGACAAUGUCAAGGAGCGGAUGGGCGAGAGCCUGCAGGCCAUCUCUCACUCUGCAGAGAGGAUAGCUGCCGAUAUGUUGAGCGAGAUGACAGCCUUUCACGGCCAGCUUCACACCUCAUACAGCUCACUCGGUAAGGACUGCAAGGUGGUGUUUGAGGAUCUCAUCAAGCAGAUCACUGUCCAGCGCACCGAGUCAGACAAUCUCAGACGCCAACUGCAGGCCGCGACGAACACCAUUGUGCUACAAAACGCCACCAUCUCCACUCGUAUCCAGGAGGCCCUACAAGAGGAGCGUCGGCAGGCAGUUGAGGAACGACAGAAGCUCGUGACCCAAAUCGCAGGCCUGAUCAACACCCAUGCUGUGACCCAAGAGACUCGCCUUGUCGAACAGGCAACUCUAAUCCAGAAGAGCGUGGCCGAGUCCAACAUUUCCCUUGAGGGGGCCGUGGCUCAGUAUGACCAGGGUAUGGAGGAUUGGGAUCAGAAGGAGGGCGAGCUGCUAGACGAGUUCAAGAAGUCUCGUGACCAACUCAAGACGAAGCUCAAGGACGACUGGACGGCAGCCAGCGAGCACAGCACCUCGAUCCAGACCACGGCCAAGUCGGUCCAUGCGGAGACGGUUCGCGCUGUGGACGAGCAGAUCAAGGAUCUGGAUGUCCAGAUGGAAGCCCUUGACGACUUCGUCACUCGUGCCAAGUCGGAGAACGCACACCACCACGAGACUCACACGCAAUCAGCCCAGGCCCUGUCCACCACGGUUGAGGAGUCGUUUGACAACAUUUCAGCCCACUUCAAGUCGACAUUUGAGCGCGUCAAGAACCUGGGCGAGGAGAUGGACGCAGACCUCGGCGAUCUUGAAGGCCAGCUGGAGCCCCUUGGCGACCAACUCUGCCAACCACUCUCUAAUCUCCGUGAACACAUGGCAAGCACAGCUCUCCAAGAGUACCAAUCCACAGGUCAAACGCCAGCCAAGGUGCAAUAUCACUACCCCACCGAUCUCCCUCGCACCGAAGAUCACGACCUCAUCAUUGCGCGUGUCGAUGACCCGCCCACGCCGACGAGAGAUCCCGACAGCUUCGACAAGGAUACAACUAUCGUCUUCGCCGAUCUCGACUGCCCUCAGAAGAUGAUGACGUCGCCGCCGCGUGCGCCGCCUCGCACUUCCAUCGUGAGUGCCCCGGACCACGGCCACAGCCUGCUCGGUAUGAGCCUCCGCGAGGUUAACCCCAACCUGACGACGGGAUGCAUCGGCUUCGAUCCUCGCGCCAGUAUCAUAUCCAUGCCGGCUGAGCGCACGAUGCCGCUAUUCAAGCGCAGCACCCGUGCCACACGCAGUACCAGGAAACAGGCUAGCAGCGUCAUCGUCGAGGGCAGCGAGAACCUCCCGCUGGCGGAUUUUUCGCGAAGUGUUUCCAGGAGGAAGAGCCCGAGGCUUAACUAG